AUGGGUGCCGCGUUCUCCCAGCCAGGCUGCCGGCAGGAGGAUGAGGAUGAGUGGAUCCUGCGCCCGGACUCCGCCGUGGGUGUCAAGGCUGCCCGCUACUCCAGCACUGGGAGCAGCCGGUCGUGUUCCUGCAUGCCUCGCGAGGGCCGCUUUGUGAUUUGUCCCACCUGCCAAGGGAAUGGGGAGAUCCCCCGAGAGCUGGAGAAGCAGCUGGUGGCCCUCAUCCCCUAUGGGGACCAGAGGUUGAAACCCAGGCACACGAAGCUCUCCGUGUUCCUGGCGGUGCUCAUCUGCCUGGUGGCGGCCUCCUCCACUGUCUUCUUCCUGUUCCCCCGGUCCAUCGCAGUGCACCCUGCAGGCCUCAACUCCUCCACGGUGGCUGUGGACAAGGCAGAUAUCCACCUCAACAUAACGAAUAUCUUGAACAUCUCCAACAGCAACUACUACCCCAUCACCGUGACCCGGCUGACCACCGAGGUUCUGCACCUGUCCCUCGUGGUGGGCCAGGUGUCCAACAAGCUCCUCCUGCACAUCGGCCCUUUGGCCAGUGAACAGAUGUUCUAUGCAGUAGCCAGCAGGAUCUGGGAUGAAAACACAUACAAAAUAUGUACCUGGCUGAAAAUCAAAGUGCACCAUGUGCUUUUGCACAUCCAGGGCACCCUGACCUAUUCCUACCUGAGCCAUUCAGAGCAGCUGGUCUUCCAGAGCUACGAAUAUGUGGACUGCCGCGGAAACACGUCGCUGCCCCACCCGCUGAUCCCUCGCCCUCCGUGACCUGUCUGUGGUCCCUGCACUCCAGACACCUGCAGGCCUGGGCUGCAGCAGACCCUGCUCCUACUCUGCCUUGACCCCACGCUGUCCCAGAGCUGCCUCAGAGGCCCAGAGUGGCACCUGCCCUUUCUGUGCUGAGCACCCUGGCGGCCUGGCCCCCCUGGUGCUGGCCCUCCUCCUGCCUGAAUGUGGAGAAAGCUGCAGGUUUUUCUGCCCAGGUGGUAACAAAGUGACUCUGGGAACAUCCAGCACCGUUUAUGGAACCACACGUGUUCUCCUGGGACGAGGUGGUGCUGCCGGCCUGCUUCUCUCUAGUCACUGGGCCUCCACCCAUCUGACGGGAGGACCCGUCAAGGCCCUUUGGCCCUGUGUCCUUCCUGGUCCACGCUGUCCCCGGUUCCUAGGAAGACAGAGCUGUUCCCCAGCGAAAGCAUCGCUUCUCUGUGAAACAGUUUUAUCGUUCUCUUCAUAGAGGGAGCCAAGGUAGCAGGGGAGGGCGGAAGGCACCUGCCACCCCCGGGCCAACAGGGGAGGACAGAGCCAACACCAGGGUUAAUUUAAAAGGUAUUUUCUCACCAAAGGAGGGUUGCUAAGCCGGCACCUCCAGCCCCCAUGAGAGGACAGAGGCAGGUCAAAUGGCAGGCCCUGGUACUCUCUUCCAAAGCCUCCAAGAGAUGGAGCGCUCCACAUCCCACCAACGCUGCCGGGCUCCGUUCCACCCCAGCUCUGCACCAGAGCCCACCCCGCAGGCUCGGCGGCGUGGAGCGGCACGUCCCCAGGUCUGAUCCAGACCUUCUCCUGUCACUUGGAGGUAGCUAAGGCUGCGAUCACCCCUGCCCCCCAACCCCCGAGGCUCCGAGCAGAGGAGUCUCUGUGCUUUAGCCCAGCAGCAUGGUAUUUGCUCACUGACAGGAGCUGGGUCUUUCUCAUUCAGACAGGUAGAGAGAUGGAGAUGGUGGGAACGCUGCCCGGGGAGUAGGAGGGAUGGAGAGAGAGGAGGGGGUGACAGAAGCUGCCAACUGGCUGGCUGGGGGAGCCAGGGCAAGACAGGAGGCCGCGCUGUCUCCCUGGGUAGCUGAGCUCAAGGUGGUGCAGGCUGGAGCUGCUAUGGUGUAGUCGCCAAAUGGAAAGAUUCGGCGUUGUGUGCAAUAAACUGUACUUACAAGCGUU